ACGUUGUCAUAAUUUAUUUCUCACCAAAGUUUGGAAGCAGAUGAACGCACAAAGUGAAAAAUAAUUUAAUAAUUUAAUAUUUAAAUAAUUAUUAUAAUUAUAAACUAUUCAAAAAGUAAAUAAUUUAUCAAAGUGCAUUUAAUUAGAUAAAUUCAUUUAGUAAAAGUAACUGGCGCUAAUUGUUUAAGUUGGAGAAAAAUUGGUAAUUAAUAUAUCGUUGGUUAUUAAUUUAUUGACAAAAAUGGAUCGUCAAGAAAGUCCAGUUGUUGAGCGACGUCGCCGAGACAAAGAUCGUAAAUCAGACAGAGAUUCACACUCACAUUCUAAGAGGAGGAGAGACGACGAACAACAUGAGCACAGAAGGUACUGGGACAAUGAUUGGAGUUUUGAGAAAAGGUCUAGAAGGACUCCGGAUCGCAAGGAUGAGAGACGGAAGCGUAGAGAGAGGGAUGACAGUGACAAGAAAAAUGAAAAACCUGGCAAAAUUAUUCAAGACGAGGAAUUGGGCAGUAUCCCGCGUGCUCAAAAACGUACUGUUGAUCUUCUGACGUCAAAAACAGGAGGUGCGUACAUACCGCCAGCUAAAUUAAAGAUGAUGCAAGCGGAAAUCACGGACAAGUCAUCAGCUGCGUAUCAACGUAUCGCCUGGGAAGCUUUGAAGAAGUCAAUUCAUGGAUACAUCAACAAAGUAAAUACUUCAAACAUCGGACUCAUUACCAGAGAAUUGCUGCAUGAAAAUAUUGUUAGAGGCAGAGGCUUAUUGGCCAGGUCCAUUAUUCAGGCCCAAGCUGCUUCUCCGACAUUUACUCCAAUAUAUGCCGCGCUUACUGCAAUAAUAAAUUCAAAGUUUCCAAAUAUUGGAGAGUUGAUUCUAAAACGUCUGACUAAUCAGUUCAAAAGAGGCUUCAGGAGAAAUGACAAAGCUCUGUGUGUAUCUUCAGGGACUUUUAUUUCACAUUUGGUGAACCAGCGAGUAGCACAUGAAAUACUCGUUCUCCAGCUGUUGACUCUCUUACUGGACAGCCCCACUGACGACUCAGUAGAGGUUGCCAUCGCACUGCUGAAGGAAUGCGGGCAAAAGCUGACUGAAAUUUCUAAGCAGGGUAUCGUGGGCAUAUUUGAGUUGCUCAGGAAUAUCCUGCAUGAGGGCAAUCUGGACAAGAGAGUUCAAUAUAUGAUAGAAGUAAUGUUUCAAAUCCGCAAGGACGGAUUUAAAGAUCACGUCUCAAUUCCAGAAGAACUAGAUCUCGUGGAAGAAGACGAGCAAAUAAUUCAUUUGCUCCAGCUGGAUGACAAACUUGAGUCUGAAGAUAUUCUGAACGUCUUUAGAUUUGAUGAUGAAUACAUCAAGAAUGAAGAGAAGUACAAAGAGCUGAUAAAAGAAAUUUUAGACACCGAUGACAGUGACGCCAGUGGCGAGGACGAGGGCAGUUCUGAUGAAGAGGACAGCGGCGCUGAAGAUGCUGACAAAGCAGGUGUUAUUCUAGAUAACACCGAAACGAAUUUGACGGCACUUCGGAGGACAAUCUAUCUGACAAUUCACUCCUCAUUAGACUUUGAGGAAUGUGCCCAUAAGUUGAUGAAGAUGCAGCUGAAACCUGGGCAGGAGAGAGAACUCUGCCACAUGUUUCUCGAUUGCUGUGCAGAGAUGCGGACUUAUGAAAAAUUCUAUGGACUUCUUGCUGGGCGGUUCUGCGCAAUCAAUAAAAUUUACAUAACUCCUUUCGAGGAAAUUUUUAAGGAAUCCUACGACACCAUCCACAGGCUAGACAUGAACAAGCUGAGGAACGUGGCCAAGUUUUUCGCGCACUUGCUGUUUACUGACUCGAUAUCCUGGGUCGUGUUGAACUGCAUUCAUUUAAACGAAGAAGACACCACCAGCAGCAGCCGUGUCUUCAUUAAAAUUCUCUUCCAAGAGCUGUCUGAGUACAUGGGGCUGAAGAAACUGAACGACCGGGUCAAAGAUGUCACGCUGCAAGAGGCAUUCGAAGGAUUGUUCCCGCGGGACGACCCCAAGAAAACUAGAUUCGCUAUAAACUUCUUUACUUCCAUCGGUUUGGGAGGACUGACUGACGACCUCCGUGAGCAUUUGAAGUCCAGGCCUAAGCCAACUGCCGCUCCUCCGGCCAUCAUAGAAACUCUGAAAAAGUCCAGCUCUGAUGCCAGCUCGUCAUCUACUUCGUCGUCUUCGUCUUCAUCGUCGAGUUCUUCCUCCGACUCUUCUUCGGAAUCAUCUGAUUCGUCAUCGUCAGAGGAAGAAAAAAAAAAGAAGAAGAAGAAGAGAAAGAAGAGUAGCAAGAAAAUACAAAAGAAACCUGAAAAAAAAGUUAGAAAAAGAGUCACUGAAAGCGAUAAAAAAUCCUUGAAAAAAAAGAAAAAAAGUAAAUGAAUUGACGUUACUUUGCACCUGUAAAUAUUUUUUUGUAAAAUAAAAUGCUACUACUAUUAUUAUUAUUAGUUGUAACUGAUCAUAUUUAAAUAAAAUUAUUUUUUAACCAUUAA